AUGUCUUCGUCAUCAGGCAAGAGAGACGCGGCAUCCAUCAUCGCCUCUGCAUCGCGGCCGGCCAAAGCGUUCUCGACGACGUCAAAGUCGUACCGACACGACGAGCGGCGCGGCCUGUGGUGCGAAACGCUAUGGACGAAUCUAAGCCACCAGGCCAAGACGCUGGGGUUGCCCGUCCUCCCGUAUUUCGACGCCGAGACGAUGUUGUUGAGUAAGGAGGUCAAUCACAAGUUGUGGAUUCAAUUGGAACGAUUAUGGGACUACUUGGGCCCUGAGAAGGCACCGUACGCUUCACCCACCAUGAUCGAGGGCGGCGAGGUCAAGUGGUACUCGUUCCUGCCGGGCGACAAGGGCACCGAGGUCGAGGUGUACUCCAACGUCGUGGACAAGUUCAUGAGCGGCGCCCCCAGGCCAGGACAUUACGACGAGUGA